GGUAGAAGGUGGCGAGCCCUCUUGGCUGUGUACCGUUAGCGCUUCAGAUGUGACUGGAUUGGUCUGCCGUGCUGCCGCUAUGCCAAACAUGGACCCGAGACAAGUUUGACUGGAUUGCCAUUUCCCCAUCUACUUGUACUGCUUUUGACCCGCGCAUCAUUGAAUGUUAUGAGACGCCAUGAUCCGGCUGGAGGAGGAUAAUCGCACACCCCCAGUAGACAGCAUGGACACCAAAAGGCACUCCGCUGAAAGGUGACCUCCAGACACUUACCUCCCCAAAACAUUUGAAUAUGCCAGGACAUAACAAUGAGCUCCAACAGCACAGACCCUGGUCUCUUCCUGACUGCCAACGCCUCACCACCAGUGGCCGGAGCCUAUCCACAAUCCAAUGCUCUUCACCAAGGAGGAACUGGAGGAGCCCCCUGGCUGGUUUUUCAUGUGAAUACCCUGGAUGAUAAUUCCUCUUCCACCAGCAAACUCUUGAACCUCACCUCAGAAUCACAAAAUGGGAACAGAACUGCAGCCCUCGAUCCCUUGGGUGGCCACCCUGUAUGGCAGGUUGUCCUCAUUGUCUUGCUCACAGGUAUGCUGUCACUGGUCACCAUCAUCGGCAACAUCCUGGUAGUGGUAUCCUUCAAGGUUAAUCGCCAGCUAAAGACAGUCAAUAACUACUUCCUGCUGAGCUUGGCAGUGGCUGACCUCAUCAUAGGGGUCAUCUCCAUGAACCUGUACACAGCUUAUCUUGUGAUGGGAUACUGGGCCAUGGGAAACUGGGCCUGCGACCUGUGGCUGGCUAUAGACUAUGUGGCCAGCAAUGCAUCAGUUAUGAACCUACUGGUCAUCAGCUUUGACCGCUACUUUUCAGUCACCAGGCCUUUGACCUACCGGGCCAAACGAACCACCAAGCGAGCUGGGAUCAUGAUCGGCCUUGCCUGGUUUGUUUCUCUUGUCCUAUGGGCCCCAGCCAUCCUGCUAUGGCAAUAUUUUGAGGGUAAAAGGACAGUACCCUCAGAUCAGUGCUAUAUUCAGUUUCUCUCAGAGCCCACUAUAACCUUCUGCACAGCCAUGGCGGCUUUCUAUCUGCCUGUGACAAUAAUGAGUGUUCUCUACUGGCGUAUCUACAAGGAGACCCAGAACCGUUCAAAAGAGUUAGCUGGACUGCAGGGCUCGGGGGGGCGUGGUGGGGUUGGAGGGAGAGGUGGGAAUGGCGGAGGUGAGAGAACCCGUUUUGUCCAUCAGACAGGAAGUUCUAGAAGUUGCAGUAGCUACGAGUUGACCAGGUUGUCGAAGAGAAAGAGCACAUGUCGUGAGCUGGUUGGCCGCUUCCACUGCUGGCCUGGGGUUCGUUCUUGGAGACCUGGUAGCACACGGCAAGGGGAGGGUGAUCCAGAUCAAAGCAGCAGCGACAGCUGGAACAACAAUGAUGCUGCAGUCUCAUUGGACCACUCUGGGUCUUCAGAGGAUGAGGACUGUGGGGGCAGAGAGAUGAUUUCCCAGAGUCAUGCUAUUUUUUCCAUUGUUCUCAGCCUGCCUGGUAUAAAGGCUGCUGUCAACUCCCAGCUCACCUCAUGUGAAGAUCUGGAUGCAGCCUCAGAGGAGGAUCCCCUCAGGGGAGCCGAGUAUAGCCGGGACAGUCUCUCAGCAGUCACCACCAACACCACUGCCACCACAACUCCUGAUGGAGCAAACAGUUCGGAAAAUAGCUACCACCAACACUUCUGUUCACGCAAGAUUCAGUCAAUGCCUAUCAUCCAGACUACGUCUAACCAAGGUUCUCUAGAUGGUCCCCCAACAACUGCUACCACUGCCACCGACAGUACUACCACCAGCACAGCAUCCAAAUCCCCCUCUGUCCCGAUGUCCUUCAAAGAGGCAGCUCUGGCGAAGCGUUUUGCAGUCAGAGCUCGAACUCAGAUCACCAAGAGGAAGCGCAUGUCCUUAGUGAAAGAGAAGAAGGCAGCUCAAACUCUCAGUGCCAUCCUCUUUGCUUUCAUCAUCACAUGGACACCUUACAACAUUAUGGUACUGAUCAAUGCCUUCUGUAAAGUUUGCAUCCCAGAGACCCUGUGGGCAGUAGGGUACUGGCUGUGCUAUGUCAACAGCACAGUCAACCCCAUGUGCUAUGCCUUGUGCAACAAGACUUUCCGUACAACCUUUAAGAUGAUACUGUUAUGUCGCUGGGACCAGAAAAAAAGGAGGAAGCAGCAGUUUCAACAAAGGCAGUCAGUGGUCUUCCACAGGAGGAUUCCCAGGGAGUCUACGUAAAGGACAGGAGGUUUGAUAACGGAGAAUUGAAAAAUUUUGCAUAGGACAAGGAAAAGGAAGAAGCAUCCAUGUAGUUAUCUCUGUGGAGUUUCUUUACUUAGAGGUCCUUGGUGUGUUUCUCUGCUGGUAUGACAAACACAGCAAUCCUAUGUGGUGGUCUUCAGGUGUGUGUUUGUGCCAGUGCAUCCAUUUAGCAAAGCUGUGUGUAUGCGUGAAGGGUUGUUUAAGGCGAGGUCCAGAGAUGAAACCUUUCCCUCUGUCCCUGGAAAAACCAUUUCACGCUAGUACAGCUGAGAGAAAAUGAACUGAAUGGAAAUAAUAGAAAAGGGCUUUAAAAUGCAUUGCAGGAGAAUUAUUGAAGUGCAAUUGACACAAGGGGAAAGGAUACCUUUGUCACAGGGUUGGGGAUUCACAAUUCUUAUCAUUUCUCUCUGUGGGUAGCUAGAUCUGUAAUGUGCAGAGUGGUUUUGCAUUUCAAACAAAACUAUGUAUCUGUUAUAACUCACUGAAAGCCAAGACAAAAACUAUUUUGUGUUCGCAGGCUUCAUUGUACCGAUUCGACCCGCCAUCCUCUUGACUGGCAUGUGAUUUAUCAGAACUCCUGUACAUUGCCUUUCUACAUGGAUAUAGCUUUCCUGUGUCUGAUGGAGUAUAAAAGUUCUUAAAUUGUGUUCUUACUUUUCGUCAACUGAGAUACGUUAUUUUUGUGAUAUUCAUCUUUGGUUUUCUAGAUAUUCCUAAGAUUUUGAGCCAGUCUGAAAAUGAUUCUUCUGAUGAACUGAGUUGGCACCACAGUCAGUGAACUGCUGUUGUGCUCAAUGUGAACUGCUGUUGUGUUCAAUGUGAUUGUUGUGGUUUUUAUGGUGGAGACAAUAAGUACAUUGGUUGUGUUUUAUGUACUUGCGGUUUUCUGUCAAGAGUAUUGAUAAAAUGAUGAUAUUCUGUUUGUGUACAUUUGGAUAUUUCUGACUUGAUGCACAAUGAUUGGUUACACACACAAAGAUGUUCAUUUAUGAAGAUGUGUGUUUUGAUUUUACACUAUCUUUUGAAUUUCUACAAAAUACUCCUUCUAAGGAACUCUUUGUAAAAGGCAACCCAUCUUCGAUAUAGUAGAACAAUGGCAGCCUCUAGUGGCAUGAGGGAGACCUGUUGUACUGGCACUCAGUUCAACCUCUACAGUGUAGUAUUGAAAUUCCAUUCUGCUAAUAUAAAGACAAAAAUAAGAUUUUUUUUAAAUCAUACUUUGGCAGCAGUUAUGCAGAAUUUAAGCUGUUCGGUUUCAUGAAUUGGCUUGUAAUUAUUACAUUUUAAUUUCAAAUAUUUAGAAGAGAAUGGCUGCAGAGAUUGAAUCUAGAAUAUUUAAUUUUCUGUCAUCAUCUGAUCUUUUCUUUCAAUAUUCUAUGAUUUAUGGGUGAAGUUUUUUUUCUUUAAAAUAAUUAAGACUUACAGCAAUUGAUUUGUAAAUAGAACUGAUACCUGUCCUGGUCUACAGUACAUCAGGUUUUUCUACAUAGACAGUGGGCGAACACCACAUACCAAUAAAAGUCAACAUAAUGAUGCCAGCUAUGGCAAGAAUUUAUUUUAAUUUUUAUUUGUAAUGCACAUUAUGCUAUUCUUAAGUAGAUGUUUUUACAUUGUUGCUGCACCCAAAUCUUUCAGUAUGAAUAUUUUGCAAAAGGUAUUGGAGGCAAAGGAUAAACUGUAUCAUGACAACUGGCAUACUGAGGAAUUAGUAGAUUGGGUUAUGUUGGAUACAGUGGUCAUACAUAAUGGUAUGACUUACGUGCUAUAUGCAAAAGCGAUGUUUAAAAAAUAUCCCAUGCCCAUCAACAGUGGAUAUUUUGUCUGCUUUCAACACUAUGUGCUCCAGUGUCAUAAUGCACUCUUCUUCAAAAUAUGAGAUUUUUAUACUUAAAUAUUGGACACAAAAAAUGGUGAACACAAACAUUUUGUUACAUUUCAAGUAUGCCAAUCAUACUCAUAUUUUAAGUCAAUAAACAAACAAAAAACGUUUUGACAGAAAUGAUCUAUGUUUGUGUCACAAGUCAUGUCAUGAAUCUUUUCAUUUAUUUUUACCAUUAUUUUCACAGUGUGGAUUCACUCAGAAUGCUGAAUGAAUUAAUGUUUUUUCACUGAGUAUUUCCCUGCCUCGCUUUGCCAUUAUUACAAAUUCACAUCUGAGACCAGUUUUAUAUUGCGGCCCCUGAGCAACCAACUAGAUCAGUGUAAGGCACUUGAGCAGUGGGUGAGGGAGUGUCUCCAUGCUUUAUUUUGUAGUUUUAAUGUUAUAUGAAGUUAGCCUUUUGCCAUCAGUGCUAAAAAGUCAGUACUGCUGUGAGCCACUAGUUAUUAUUUGUUCUAUAUCAGCUGUAGAUAUGUGAGGGGGAUAUUGUGUGUUUUUUUUUCACUGUCACAGUCCAUUAGGUACAAGUUAUUUUAAUUUUAUGGCCACAAAUGAUGCCACAGACCUCUACACCAACUGUGUAAUAUUAUAUCUCUAAGGAUGUAUUUGAAUAUAUUCACCGUUAUUAUGGCCUCCAUUGUUACUGGGAGACUUGUUUUAAAGAAAUUUUCUGCAGUAUUGUUAAAACAGACUCUGCAGUUGAUAGUCCAUUGUUUGGAGACCACCAGCAGAGUCACUGAUAUGUAUAACCUUAUUAUUUUAGCAGAGUGCUGCAUCACUAUAAAGUUGAAUUGCAAUACCUGCCACUCAAAUGGCAGCCAUUGCACAAUAUGUCAGAAAGAUUCAUGAGCAUUCAUGGUGUCUUCACUCAAAACCAAAUCAACAACUCCGGACUCUUGAAAUUUAGAUUCAUUCAUCAAACCUUUGCUCCACACACCAGCUGUCUAAUGACCUGUCCCAAAAAAGUAGACUUACUGAGUUUCCUUGAUAAAUUUGUUUUGUUACACCUGAAACUUGCUCAUAUCUGGGGAAAGAUAAAUGUUGUCCAUGAUGGUGAUAGUUUCAGAUCACUGCCAGCUCUUUAUUACAAUUUUUUGUGAAUGUUGCUCUAAUCUUCCAGUUGUUAAAAAAAAAAAAAAAAAAAAAAAAAAAAUCAUGUUCUUUUUCUUCUUUUUUCUUUGACUUAAAAAUUCUGUAUGUAAUUAUGUCAUAGUGUAUCCACUCUGAUCAGAAACCUGUAGAGAUUAAAGUCACAGACAUAUGUGGUAACAGCUUUUGUUUGGAGGACACAGCUGAAACUCAUUUGCUGAUUGGAGGGAUGGACUUAAAAGUGGCUCCAGAGUGCACCCAACUAGAAGCAGAAAAUCCUGAUCGACUUAAUAUUGUGUGUGGAGGUGGAAGCUUUUGUCUAAUUUUUUGUUACAUAUGAUCCUCAACAUUGUCUGGCACUAUAAUAACAUUAGUACUGAGUGUCUGAUUUUAACCAGAAACUGAAUAAACACGAGAGUGGUCUUUGA